GAGGAAGAAGAAAAGAUAUUAAGCCUGGCAGUCGAUGCAGAUGACAAGCAACGCUUAAAGCAAAUGUAUGCGGCACUCAAAAUCAAGAACAGCGAUUUGAGACGAAAGCACAGUGCCGCCGAGGUGAACAUGUUAUGCCGCCGAACCAAGCUGCGCGUUAAUAUGACGCUGUUCAAUUGUGUGUGGGACGCCAAGCGGCGACUGCCGCGUAAGGAUCGUCUGGCCAAGCGUUCCGAUAGCUACAUCAAUGCCAUGUUGAUCAGGGCUGUGCACAGGCGUGAGGUAGUGCCCUAUACGGACGACGAAAUAGCCAAAUGCAAUCACAUACGCAGCUGCCAGCUGAAGAAAGAUAAUAACUGCCGGCUCGAUCGUUGGCGCUGCAAGCAAAAGUACAGCGAAUCGGCAGCUCUGCAGGAAACGCGGCCAGAGGACGAUGCUCCGCUCAGUGUCAGCGAUAUUGGUGAUUCGCAAUUGUAUCAUUCGGAGACGUUGGAGCUUAAUAAUGAGGUCUGCGCACUGGAUGCCAUGCACAUCAAUAGCCUAUCAAUGUCCAUCGAUACACAGUUGAUGCAGACGCCAACUCCUGAGCUGGCGAGCAAUGAUGAAGAUUGGGCACUCGAUGCCAUGCUACUUAAUAUCGAGUCCAUGUCCAUUGAUGCACAGUCAACCCAAGAGCUGGACAAUGACAUGCCUCUCAAGGCCGAGUCAAUUACCAAAGAUAUGCAGCUGACACAGACGCCAAACCAACAGCUAGAAGAUUGGGCAAUAGAUGCCACGCUCCUUAACACCGAGUCAUUUGACAUUAAUGCACAGUUGACACGAGCCCAAAUCCAAGAGCUGGAGAACAAGAUUGAUAACUGGGUACUCGAAGCCCUGCUUCUUAAUACCGCAUCAAUUGCCAUUGAUAAACAGCUGAUAAAGAAGCCGAACGAGGAGCUGGAAAAUAACCAUAAUGUAGAUUGGGCAAUGGAUGCAAUGCUCAUUGAUAAACAAUUGACACAAACUCCAUCGCAGAGUGUGGGGCAUAAACUCGAAGACUGGGCCAGGCUGCUCCACACCGAGUCCAGGACUACGAAUACGCAGACGCCAGCCGCUGACCCUGCUGGACAAUUGUGACGCAUAUGCCACGACACAUACCCUACAGUUCCUACCAAGCAAUCGAGCAGACUAAUCCAUAGUUAUAAAAUGCUAUAUCAAAUCUAGACUAAAAGAAUCUGAGAUGAGAUUUAAACCUAAGUUUUAAUUGAGAAUUUAACAAUUUGUUGUAAGGUCUCGAUGCCUAAUUGAGUAUUACGCAGAACUAUAGAAGCCUUGAGUUUACGUUCUUAAUAUCAAAUGAAUUCUAUCUCCAAAGCAACUUGUUUCGUAGCACUUAAGAACUGUUUAAGACAAGUUUCAAUUAAAUCAAUUAGGUUUAAGUAUGCUCAAGCAUUAUGGAUUGCCAUGAAAACUCGAAAUCAUUGUUAAGUUUAAACUAAAAUUUAUCUAAAGUAGCUGUUAUUGUGCCUGAUCAUAUUUGAAAACUGUUUGUGAAAGUGCUCUUAGAGAAAUGCUGCAGAACUUGCGAGUUUAUUUUUGUUAAGUAAGCUUUUCUUCUUGUCAAGAUCUCUAAGAACUGUUUGUGAGCGAAAUGCAUUAGUUCUAGUUUGUUUUCUUCCUCGUUGAAAUGAAAUAAUUUAUAUUUUUUACUAGUCGCUCAACUGAACAAUCAUAAUACCUGUUGUGAUUGAUAAUAUUUAGGAAGUGUUCUUCGGAGAAGAACUUGCGAGUUCCUUUUUGUUAAAUUCAUCGUAAAGAUAAAAACCAAUAACUUUUAAGAGUCGUCCAUGUUAACGAGAAUAAGACCUGUUUUUUUUUUGGGCUAAUAUUUGAUAGUUUUUUUAU